CGAGCCGAGCCGAGCCGAGCCGAGCCGCGCCGCGGGCUGUAAUCGGAAACCAGAGCUCUCACCGUCAUCGCGCCGCUACUUUCCAUUCACUCCUAGGUGCUGGGAGAGGAGCGCCGGGUGCCUCGCAGUCCGGCUAUAAGGAUUAUCUCACGGAGGAACCGGGAGUACCUUUGCAACCGCCAGAAAGAGAGAUUUUAUUUUUUUUCUUUCCCUCUCUCCCCACAAUGAGCCGGGUCUGGAAUUAAAACGUUCUGGGAACAGGAUUGGAGUCCAUAAACUGACAGAAACCAGACAGAAAUCUGUAUUACUGGUUCCUCCAGUAGCUGGGUUUCAUUUCUUGGAUAUUAAGUUGCAAAUCUGAAGAGAUGGCAUGGCUUGCACUGCACGUGUUGAUUGGGAUAUUUAUUUACUCUAACCAUGUAGAAGGAUCUUCACAGCCUCAAGCAAGGGUGUUUUUAACAUUCAAUGAGCUGCAAGAAACUAAGACCGCCGAAUAUUACAGAAUAUCCCACAAUCCCCUGGAUUACAGGAUAUUAUUAAUGGAUGAAGAUCAGGACAGGAUCUAUGUGGGCAGCAAAGAUCAUAUUCUGUCUUUGAAUAUUAAUAAUAUAAGCCAGGACCCUCUCAGUAUUUUCUGGCCAGCAUCAGCAAACAAGGUUGAAGAGUGCAAAAUGGCUGGCAAGGACCCUACGCAUGGAUGUGGAAAUUUUGUGCGUGUGAUACAGUCCUACAAUCGCACACACCUGUAUGUUUGCGGUAGCGGAGCCUUCAGCCCAGUGUGUGUAUAUGUCAACCGAGGGCGCAGGUCUGAGGAACAAAUCUUCAAGAUCGACUCCAAGUGUGAAUCAGGGAAGGGACGCUGCUCUUUCAACCCUAACGUGAACACGGUGUCUGUUAUGAUCAAUGAAGAGCUUUUUUCAGGAAUGUAUAUUGAUUUCAUGGGGACGGAUGCUGCCAUUUUCCGCAGCUUAACCAAACGCAAUGCCGUGAGAACCGAUCAACACAACUCCAAGUGGCUAAGCGAGCCUAUUUUUGUGGAUGCUCAUGUUAUCCCAGAUGGCACUGACCCCAAUGAUGCCAAAGUCUACUUCUUCUUCAAAGAGAGACUCACAGACAACAGUGGCAGCACAAAGCAAAUUCAUUCAAUGAUUGCAAGAAUAUGCCCGAAUGACACCGGUGGUCAGCGUAGUCUUGUAAACAAGUGGACAACAUUCUUGAAAGCAAGACUUGUGUGCUCCGUAAUGGAUGAAGAUGGAACAGAAACAUACUUUGACGAAUUAGAGGAUGUGUUUCUUUUAGAAACAGAUAACCCCAGAACAACACUUGUGUAUGGAAUUUUUACAACAUCAAGCUCCAUAUUCAAAGGCUCAGCUGUGUGUGUUUAUCAUUUAUCUGACAUCCAGACCGUGUUCAAUGGGCCAUUUGCACACAAGGAGGGCCCAAACCACCAGCUGAUUCCAUAUCAGGGCAGAAUUCCAUAUCCACGACCUGGCACUUGUCCAGGAGGAGCCUUCACACCCAAUAUGCGGACAACCAAAGAGUUUCCAGAUGAUGUUGUGACUUUCAUCAGGAAUCACCCUUUGAUGUUUAAUCCCAUUUAUCCAAUCCACAAGAGGCCAUUAAUCAUUCGGAUAGGAACAGACUACAAGUAUACAAAGAUUGCUGUGGACCGUGUGAAUGCUGCUGAUGGAAGAUAUCAUGUCUUGUUUCUUGGAACAGACCAAGGAACUGUUCAAAAAGUUGUUGUCCUACCCACUAACUUCUCUGCAAGUGGAGAACUCAUUUUAGAAGAGCUGGAGGUUUUUCAGAGUAAUUCUCCAAUAACAACAAUGAAGAUUUCAUCUAAAAAGCAACAGUUGUACGUGAGCUCAGAUGAGGGGGUCACCCAGGUGUCCUUGCAUCGCUGCCAUAUCUAUGGGACCGCCUGUGCUGACUGCUGCUUAGCCCGGGACCCUUACUGCGCCUGGGACGGCAAUUCCUGCUCCAGGUUCUAUCCCACAGGGAAAAGGAGGAGUCGUAGGCAAGACGUGAGACAUGGAAACCCUCUGACUCAGUGCCGAGGUUUCAACCUGAAAGCAUACAGAAAUGCCGCAGAAAUAGUCCAGUAUGGAGUAAAAAACAACACCACCUUUCUCGAAUGUACACCCAAGUCUCCACAGGCUUCUAUUAAAUGGUUACUACAGAAAGACAACGACAGAAGGAAAGAGGUGAAGCUUAAUGAAAGGAUCAUAGCUACUGAGCAAGGACUGCUGAUUCGCUCUGUCCAAGACACUGAUCGAGGACUUUACCACUGCAUUGCAACAGAGAACAGCUUCAAGCAAACCUUAGCCAAGAUCAAUUUCAAAGUGUUGGAUUCAGAGAUGGUGGCCUUCAUGACUGACAAGUGGUCCCCUUGGACCUGGGCCAGUUCGGUACGAGCACUGCAGUUCCACCCAAAGGACUUUGUGGGAGCUUUCAGCCAUUCAGAAAUGCAGAUGAUUAAUCAGUACUGCAAAGACAGUAGACAGCAAGGUCAGCAAAGGGAAGAAUCACAGAAGAUGAGAGGGGACUACAGCAAAUUAAAGGCCCUUAUUAAUAGUAGGAAAAGUAGAAAUAGGAGGAAUCAGUUACCUGGAUCUUAAUUUUAUUUUGCAGCAAUAGAUAUCUUUGUCCUCACUGUAGGGGGCUUAUAUUUGUCUGUUGAGAACAAAUUUGAGCAAACUUGAUAAAAAUUUAAAUGAAAAUCCAACAAGCCUCAGAAAAGAUUCUCCUCACAAUAAUAUGCAGUGUAACUUAACUAAAUAAAAAUAUUGGAGUAUUUUAUUUCCUAGAUGCUUACUGACACUAGGUUGAGCCCUGUCCUAGAAGCAAAACUGAGUAUUUAUCUUAAACCAGAUUCACAUUUGACAUCUCAAUAUUUAAUAGAAAUGUUUAAAAAAUCAAUACAUUAUCUUGUGACUCUGGAACUGUACCAAACAGGCUCGUGGUGAAAGAAUCUGGGUUAAGAUGCAUGCUCAGAGUAGGAUGGUACUAAGAUUUCCUUGCACUGCAUAUGAGAACAUGAGUUUCUACUUGUUUACGGUUCAAUACUGGGUUUACAACUUUCACUCAUUGUUCAAAUCAUGUGAAUGCAUGCAGAUAGGAAGCGAGUAAAGUAUAGUAGAAAUGUUUCAUUCAGAGGUCAAAUGAAGGAACAAGUAGGAGAACAGAAAUGAAUAAUUUUUUUUAUACUUUAUCAGAGGAAACACUGAUUAUUGUGCAUAGUAUGAGUUGUAAUAAAUUAAUAAGUUCUGGAAUGUAACUUAAAAUAUGUCUGCUCAUAUUGAUUUCUAUUAAUAUAGGAUGUCCUAUAACACUACAUAGCUGUAUAAGUGGCACAAAGCUAACAUGAGAAUGUUCAUUGUAGGUACAAUUUUGAAAAGCACCUAAGUGACUUAGGUAUUUUAGCUAUUUUUCAAAGAGUUAUACUCCAAGUUUUUCAAAUGCAAAGUGUGGGUGUACUGUACAGUUUACUCAAAAACUAAACUCACAGAUUAUCUUUAAAGUGUUCCAUGAUUAAAUUGGAGCUGGUCUGCAAUGCAGAAACAAGUCAUGAGCAUGUUCUGAUGUUGAAUCUGAAAAAUUUUGAAAAAACAUUAUUUUUUUUCAACUGUUUUAACAUGGUUGCUUUAAACAUUCAAGAUAUGUUUGUUAAAAAUUUUAAAUUAAAGCAUUUCCAUUUUUCAGUCUUUUUACCCUUUUUCUUUCUAGUGUUCUUUUUCUAAUUUACCCCGUUCUGUCAGCUUUCUGCUGAGAAGAGCAGGAAAGGAAAAAAAAACAAGAAAGGGGAAAAUAAAACUGAAAAAAUGGUUUUGGUCAAAACCUCAAAAAAAUGUAUUUUUAAAGGCAUAUUUAAACAAAAAUGUUUUUGUGUAUGAAGCAGCUGUCAGCUGUAAUGAAGUAUGUUUAGUUGAAAACUGAGUAAGUGUGCAUCUAUCAAACCAUCCUAGGAAAAGCUAUCACCUUUUUUGAUCAGCACUAAUGCCAAAAAGUAGCAACAAAUCUUGGUCACUUCACUAUGUGAGAGGGUUCUGGAAUCCAAUGGGUCUGUUCACAGGAGCUGCAUAACAGGGGUUAAAUAUGUAUGACCUUAGAAAGAUGAUGUUUUAUUCCCUGAUAUUUUAUGUUGCUAUACAACAAUAUAAGCUAACUAAUUAUGUUCAGCUGAAGAAAACGUAAAUUUCUAAGCACAUGAGGGAAAAUAACUUCUGAACCCAGAGAAGAUUUAAAAAAAUUGUUUUUAAAAAGUUAUUAGUUCCAGUAACAGAUGAUACUGUAUUUAGAAGUAUAGUUUUAAACAUUUUUAUGAACGUUUGUUGAAACUCUUUGGGCAUUAUUUUGAUUCUGCUUCUAUUAGACUACACUGGGAGUAACUCUACAGGAAUUAGAGAAUAUCUCUGGAUUUAUGCCAGUGUAAAUUAAGAUCUAGUGCAAUGGAGUUAACUCUGGUAUUUAACUGACACCAGAGUUGGAUAUGUCACUUUAUCACCAUCUGACGCAGAAUAGCUGGGAAAAGGGCCCUGAUCAAACCACUUAAACAUUGUCUCUAAGUCCCUUUGAGUCUGGUGGGAGCUCUUGGACCUGACUGCAUGUGCUUACUACUUGCUUCAAAGCGGAUAGCAAUGCUUACAUGUUACCACGUAGUUAAGUGCUCUUCUUAAUCAAAGCUGAAAUGCAUAUUUAUGCAAUACGCAGCCACUGGUAUCUGUGGUCCUUCCUUAUGGAAACCGUAGGGAAACUUUGACUUCAGUGAGCUUGGAUCUGACUCCAAAAGCUGGCAAAGCAGAUUCUGGGGAGGGAAAGAGAGAUGAGCUUUUUCCUAGCUGACUUUCAGUGCAGCAAAUUACUUUUUCUUUUUUUGAGGAUGAGUGACUUCUGAAGUGCUUAAGUUACAAACCAAAAAUUUGAGUGCCACAAAAUGAAACUACCUCCUAGAAUGACAUUAGUGCAUAUGCUCUGUAUGCUACCAUGCUCUUCCUCAUUUCCCCAGCAGAUUCACUGCAGAGUUAGUGGAUAUUAAUGUCUAUUGUGAGGAUCAUAAUUCUUUCCAGAUGAAAUACAGUGAUUAAUAAUAUUUAAGGGUACAAUUUACUCUUUAAGUGGUUAGGUACAGUGAUAUUUUAAUAGGCCCCCAUUAGGCCUCGGAAAUUAUAGUUACACUGUUUUCUAAUAGAACAUUGGCAAUAGGGGAUUCCGUUAAAACAAUCAGCAUAGCUCAGAGUUUCAUAUGAUUCUAAAAUAAUAUUUUUAAAGCUGCUUCAUAUACCAUUAUUAUGGUAUGACUGUUUAAGGGAUUACACUUAAACUAACAUUUUUUCUGCUGCAUGAAAACUUCAGCAUAUAUAUAUAUAUAUUAAAAAAAAAGCUUCUGUCGAUGUGUAACCGGUCCAAGCUUCCAUGCUUUUGCAGACUUCCCCUGUGUAUAGAGUAGUCGGGAACCAGGUUCUCAGCUGGUAUAAACUCACGUAACUUCCUUGCUGUCCAUUUAGGUACUAUGGUUUAUACCAGCUAAGGGUUUGGCCCUAAAUGUACAGAAUAGACAGACAGCGAUUUUAUUUGCUUAAUAGCCCCUCUAUUGUGGGUAACACCAAAACUUAGGACUGUAAUAUUGUUUGUGCUAUUUAAUACUUCCUAUUUUGAGUAUUACUAAAUAAUGUAUAUAAUUCUAUUCCUUAAAAAAUACAAAAGCAAAAUGACUUCUAGACACAAUUUCACCAAAUGUAAAGAUACGUUCUCUGCUAUUUUUUUGGCUAUUUUUGUUUUGUGUAGUUUGUAAAGUUUGCUGAAACCUUGACUUAAUGAUGUGUUCUUUGCAAUUGUUGUUAUUGUAGAUAUGUGUGUUUUAUUAAGAAAAUGCUGGUUUUUUAAGUGUAGGUAUGUGUAUAAGUUCUUAGCAUGAUGAAACUGUAAUUACAGUGAAUAUGCAUUAUAUAGUGUGUAAGAAGAACAAAAUGUAGUAUAACAUAGUGCUAUUUAAUUGACUAUCUAAAAUACUAUUUGCCUGACAAAAUAAAGUGUGUUGCAACAACUUAAAA